GCUAAACGUCUAUGGCUGAGGAAAGCUCGAAGGAAGCGGCUAAAGUUAUCCUUCGCGCAACGACUAAGGCGACAGGCAACAAGCUCGUGCAAUCUCGUGCAACGCAUUCACACUUAGUAAAAAGCUAGUAUACAUAAUACUUUUCAAAGUGUACAAGCGCAUAAUUCCAUCCGCCAUAUAGUUACCAUGCGUCAACCAUCUAGUACGCGACGCAAGCAAGGGGCUCUCAUUGAGUGGCAAGAUGUCAACUUCACUGUUCUUGACCGGGCAACCGGACAGCAAAAGCGAAUCCUCUCGGAUAUGACCGGCUUGGCACAGCCAGGACGACUGCUGAGCAUUAUGGGUCCAUCAGGCGCUGGGAAAUCGACGCUGCUGGACGUGCUCGCAUGCAACCUCGCCGCCAGCCGCGGCUGCUCCACAGAGGGACGCAUCCUGGUGGAUGGUGACCAACGGGACACCCGCGCCUUCCGCCGCAUUAGCUGCUACGUACAGCAGAAGGACGUACUGCUUUCCAGCGCAACGGUACGGGAGGUGGUGCUGACGUCAGCGCUGCUGAAGCUGCCUCGUACGGUGUCCCUGGAGACCAAGCGGGAGCUUGUUGAAGCAACACUGAAGGAGCUGGACCUGGUCUCCUGCGCCAACACGCUGAUUGGCGACGAGACCAUCGGGCUCAAGGGCAUCAGCGGCGGCCAGAAGCGGCGAGUGAGUGUGGGCAUCGAGCUGGUCAAGGACCCCCGGGUGUUGUUCCUGGACGAGCCCAGCAGCGGCCUGGACAGCGAGAUGGCGCUCAGCGUGAUGACAUCACUCGUACGGCUGGCGCGCAAGGGCCGUACAGUGGUGUGCACCAUCCACCAGCCCAACUCCGACAUCACCGACUGCUUCGAUGACUUCCUGCUGCUGGCGGGCGGCAGGACGGUGUACGGCGGCCUGUGGACGGGCGCGGUGGACUUCUUCGCACGCAACGGGUUCAGCUGCCCCUCCUUCAAGAACCCCACCGACUAUUUCAUGGCGAUCGUCACCCGCGAGGAGGCGGCGGUGGAAACCCUGGCGGACGCGUACACCAAGGCGCGAGGGGCGCUGCUG